AUGGAUGGUAACUGUAACUACAGCAUGUACCUACAACCAGGCCAGGCCAAGCCACACUUGAAGCUGGAACCACGCAAGGGUUUUCUCUCUACAAAAUCCAAGCUGGCGCCAUGCGCUCCCCUGUGGAAAUGGCUUGCGCUAUCCCCUGCUGACCAGGACAGGUUCAUUUGUAUCUACCCUGCUUAUUUAAAUAACAAGAAGACCAUCGCAGAAGGGAAGCACAUCCCCUUAAAUAAGUCUGUUGAAAAUCCUGCAGCUACAGAGAUUCAGGAUGUAUGUUUAGCUGUUGGACUUAAUGCGUUUCUUGAGAAAAAUAAAAUGUACUCUAGAGAAUGGAAUCGUGAUGUUCAAUGCGGAGGCAGAGUCUGGGCCCAGCUCAAACAAGAAGAUGGCAGCCUCUGUCUUGUAGAGUUUCCAUCACGUAAUUCAGUAAUGUUGUAUGCUGAGGAAAUGAUACCUAAACUAAACACAAGGACACAAAAAACAGGUGGUGGUGACCAAAGUCUUCAGCAAGGAGAGGGAAGUAAAAAAGGAAAAGGGAAGAAGAAGAAAUGA